AUGGAAGACAUUUUGAGAAGGUCGUUGAAGGAAAUCACAGAAUCGAUCACCAAUUCUUGCACCCGCCCUCACGUUCAACAGUCUGUCGAAACUGAACAAGACAACACUGGAAAAGAGUCUCGCCCUGAGGGACAAACAUCUUCAUUUGUUGCUUCUGACAUUAUUGAAGAAGCUCUCCGUUUUGCUAACAAGGAGGCAAGCCACAGACGUGAACAGUCAAAUGAAGCGUUCAUGACCAACGACAUGGCUCACGUUUCCGGAGGUGGUGGCGAUGAUCAAGAGACCGUAUCAAACCGCGAUAUUUCAGAGAAAGACACUGUUGAACCCGAUGUUCUCCCUACUACUAGCGUGUCCGAGAGAAGGACUGGGCCCUCCUCUGUCCCCGGGAAAGCAAAUGAGGAAACCUCUGGAAAUGGUCUGGCAUUUCCAGACCCCUCCUUCUCUAUCGGUCUCACCCAGCUUAUCAACGAAAAUGCUCAAAACGUGGAUCGUGUUCCACACGAAGACAGUGAUGAGUCUUUACAGGAAGACGAUGUCGAUUUGGAAGAACCUAUUCUCAACCGUAAAAGCAAGAGAACCAAAGUUGUGCCAAGAAACCUUGUCGGUGACUACCAGUGCGACAGUGGGAUCAUGGCUCGCGCAUGGGAAUCGUUCAUCGAUGCGAUAUGCAUCACCCCACGCAUUGACUACGCUGCCAAAUUUUCGAACCUGCUCGAGAUACUCGGUGGAUCUAAAGUGUAA